CCCCUGCACGGGAAGACAUGGUUGGAUGCUGGGGAAGCGAGACGGGGAGCCCUGGGUGUGCGAGCACGCCGAGGAGGUGAGGGGGCUGGAUCGCAGGAUCGACCUGGGGGGCUCGGAGUGGGUAGGGAAGACGUCGCUGAUGCUGGUGCCGGUAAUGGAGCGCAAGGAACAAGAUCCGCAGGUGAUGGCGAUCGUGAUGGCCGCUAGCACGAAGACGGUGAUGCACGAGACGCACGCGAUGCUGAUGAAGGCCAUGGCGAUGGCGGUCAGAGAUCAGAUCCGCGAGCUCCUCGACGGCUGGAAGAGAGACGAGAAGAAGAUCUUCAAGCAAUCCUUCGUGCGAAGCCGUGAAUUUGAGGACUCGGCUUCGCCCAUGUCGCAGCUGGAGGAGGAGAUGAGCGAGCAGUCACUUCAUCUCGAUCUGACUAGCCUCGCCGACUUCUCGCCGAGGAUCGAGGAGAGCUCGAGCCCGCGAGAGGCGAUGCCGCAGGACAACAUCUAUGCGUACUCCAAAGCUGGGAUCGCGAAGAUGCUCGACAUGGAGGAGACGGCAAAGAGCUCAAGACGAGGCUGGUAGAGGAGCUGAGUAGGAGAGAGAGGAGACAAGUGGCGAGGAAGAUGGUCAACUUAGGAGAACCUUGAUCAGUUGCUCAUCCAAAUCCUUUGUCUUGUAAGAUACAAAUACAGCAAGUAGCUUC